AUGUUAAUAAAUCGAUUGAGUUCUCUGACCUGUCAGUUAACUAGGAGAUCCUUGUUACAAAGGGUAAUUUUUAGAAGUAGUACUCAGUCAACACAAAUUAAAAAUAAGAAGCGCGACGAUGACGAUGAUGCUGAUGAUGAUAGAUCCCAGCCGAUUCCAUAUUCAACAUCACCUGCAGCGGAAUGGCUGGCUCAAUUCAGUCAACAAGGUGGCAGAAAAGAUGAACCUUGGUAUCAACCAUACAUUUGUCUUAUAGAGAACUGGGCGAUCACUUUCCUGAUCUUAAAGAAGCUGAUAUUAGAAGAAAACUUCCCCCAGAGGUUGUUGAUAAAAAAAUUUAAUAAUCUAGAUUAUUGUCUAUUUAAAUAA